GCCGGCGAGGCGGGGGAUUCAAGCGCGUUAUAAGGCGCCGAGCGGGAGAGAGAUCCCCAGACGCCGCGCUCCGAGCCCAGAGGGACCCGCCGCCCGCAUGGCCCCAGCCCGCCGCCCCGCCGGGACGCGCCUGCUGCUCGUCUGUGCCGGCCUGCUGGCCGCCGCCGCCGGCCUCCGCUCCUCGGAGCCCGGCGAGCCCGUGGACGGCCGCAAUCGCCCGGAGCCGGGCCUCGGAAACGAGCUGCCCGCGGGCCCCGGGGACAGCCGCACAGGGCCGCCCGCCCGCACGCUGGAGCCCACCGCUGAGGGGGCACGUAGCUUUGACCCCAGGGAUGCCUGGAUGCUCUUUAUCAGGCAGAGCGAAAAAGGCGUCAAUGGCAAGAGGGGAAGCAGAGGCAAGGCCAGGAAGCUGAAGCUUGGUCUGCCGGGACCCCCAGGUCCCCCUGGUCCCCAGGGCCCCCCUGGUCCCAUCAUCCCACCUGAGGUACUGCUGAAGGAGUUCCAGCUGCUGCUGAGAGGUGCAGUGCGGCAGCGUGAGCGCAUGGAGCCCGAGCCCUGCACGCAUGGCCCCCCCGAGGGCACAGCCACCAUCGGGGAGGACGAGGAGGCGGCGGGGGACGCAAGCGUGCUGGCGCUGGUGGCCGCACCGCUGGCCCCGGGUCCGUGGGCGCCGCGCGUUGAGGCUGCCUUCCACGGCCGCCUGCGCCGGGACGCAUUGGUGGAGCGGCGCGCACUGCACGAGCUCGGCGGCUACUACCUGCCCGACGCCCAGGGCUCCUUCCGCCGCGGCCCUGGCCUGAACCUGACCAGCGGCCAGUACACGGCGCCGGUCGCCGGCUUCUACGCGCUCGCCGCCACGCUGCACGCCGCGCUCACAGAGCAGCCCAGGCGGGGCCCGCCGCGCCCCCGGGACCGCCUGCGCCUCCUCAUCUGCAUCCAGUCCCGGUGCCAGCGCAACGCCUCCCUGGAGGCCGUCAUGGGUCUGGAGGGCAGCAGUGAGCUCUUCACCAUCUCGGUCAAUGGCGUUCUGUACCUGCAGACGGGGCAGUAUGCCUCGGUCUUCCUGGACAACGCCAGCGGCUCCUCCCUCACCGUGCGCAGCGGCUCCCACUUCAGCGCUGUCCUCCUUGGCGUGUGAGUGGACACACCAGGCCCUUCCUCUUGCCCAGUGAGCGGAAGCAGGGUCCAGUCUCUGGGCGGUGUUCGGUGGCAAGGCCACACGCAAGACGAGGCUCCCUGGAGCUGCCCGCACUGCCCCUGUAGGUCAGCCCAGAAGUGGCCAACUACCGGCAGCCUAGGGAGGGGACAUGCAGACGGGGAGCCACAGAACCAGAAGCAAUCUCAGGAUGCGGUCUUUCAAAAGGAGAAGAGCCCUAUUGGGCUGUUGCUUAGCCAAUGUUUCUAGUGGGGCUCAGUGCCCGGGAGGACUUGCUCUGUUCCUCGCUACAGACUGGUUCCCCUUCUGGCCUAUGAGGCAGCUUGCCCAGACAGCCUCAGCCUCUUCGCCUUGGCCCGGCCCCCACCUUUUCCAUCUUUCCAGUGUUCUUGUGGACUGCCGGAUGCCAGCAGGGAGGGGAAAGGCUGGUCACCUGCCUGGGUGCCCUGCACAGGGUCUGAGGGCUUUCUAGGGACAGCAUGCUGGCCAGCGCAGCAGCCUCCACACUGCUUCCCUCGUCUCCACCUGGGGCUUCCUGGUCCCCACCUGCCCUUCCCCAGUGGUGCCUUUGGCCUGAAUUUCCUGCAGUGACCACAGGACUCAAGAGUCUCACAGCCCCUUGGCCCAGAAGCCCCAGGUGCCAGAGCAACACUGGAAAGGGGCUAAUGGGGGACAGUGAGAGUCUGCCAUGCUUAAGUUCACCUUGCAGAUGGCCUUUGCAGAGCGCCCUGCACUGCUCCUAUUAGACAGGUGCCUCUUCCCAGUCCCUAUGAGGUUCUGACCGCUAGGAUCCACCCACCAAAUGAAAGACCUAGAAUAUCUCUGCAGAUUAGAGAUGAGCAGGCCCUGCCCAUUCAUCUGAACAGAAAGAGCAGAGGCCUCCCAUGAGCCAACAGCUCCCGCUGCCCACCUGUGGUCCCACGAGCACCAGCCAGCUCUGCAGUUCUUCCAAGCAUCUUCCCCACCUGGGGACACAUGCGGCCCUGAGCUCAGGCGGAGAACAAACAGACCGAGAGAGGAUGCCCAGAAAGCUGGUCUUGGCUCCCUAAGACCUGGGUCCCAAGUCCACCGUGAUGCUAAAGCAGUGAUGGGACCUGUGGGGGAACAUGGGCAUCUGUGUGCAGGUUUCUUCCAAGGUGUAGGGAACCCCACCCAAACUCCACGUGGCUGCAGGGAUCUGGUACCACAGGAUGUGAUCAGGCCUGAAGAGAAGAGGGCAGUGGCUGCAGUCACCUGGACUAUCCAGAUGGCCUCAGAAGCGGGUGACCACACCCAGGUCUGAUGGACCCCCAGGGUCCUCAGUUUCCAUCUCCACUAAGAACCCACUCCCCGAUCCUUCCUGGCUGUGGGGGAGCCCAGACACCCCACACGCAGAGCAGCCCCACAUGGUGCCCUUGGCAGGCCCAGCAGGAUUCUCAGUAGGGACGGUACCCGCCCUACCGGGAAGUGCUGGCCCACGUCCUGCCUCCCCUCGCAGUCUGAUAAGAGCUGGGGGCCACGCCCUUCCCUGGAUUUCCUUCUGCACCCAGCGGGCACAGAUCGUUCAGACAUUUUUUCCUUAAAAAAGCCACAGAUCUUUCCUUUUCUUAACCUAAGUGUAUUAUACCACAAUUUGUUGAAAUAUUUAUUGUAUAAUAUUGCCAGAUGGAAUGUAUUUAUAUAUAUAACUGACUGGAUGAGAUGUUCUUCAGAAUUCUCGUGCUAUGUGACUAUCCAGAGUUAUAAAGACAAAGGGCAGACCUUAAAAUAAGACCUUCAUCACUUCGCCCAGGUCCACUGGGAAUGGCGAGCAGUGGACUCGGGGAGGGGAGGUGGAAGGUGACCCCCCCAUCCCAGCACAGGGGGCUGGGGCUGGACCACAUGAAGACAGUGGUGGAGUGGGGGUUUGUCAGGGAAGCCUCCGCUGAAGCUGCCCCCAGCUCUGGGGCAGUGGCGUUCGCGGAGUUAGUGGUGCCUGGUUUGCCGUGGGGAGAUGCAGACUGAAUCAGCUGUCCUAUUUUCCAGCUCUGGGAUGCUGGGAGCCUGCCUUCAGUGGUGCACCCUGCUCCCCCAUACGACGUCAGGGAUGGAACCCGCGCCCUACUCUCCGGGGAAGGGUGUGCUGGCAGCGGGGACUCGGGCUCUGGAGCUAAAGGGGUGAUAAGGCGCGCUCUGGGAUGGGUGGGGGCACAAGCAUUUGCCUGGAAGCGUCCAGGCAAGAUCUGAGAAACUUACAUCAUCCUGAGGCAAACCCUACAGAGGCCUCAGGGCCGUGUUACUGAAAUACAAAUGACAGCGAUGGGGUGACCUGUUUCACACAAGGAAUCGAGAAGCAUUUUAUUCUUAUGAAUGGGCUAGUUAAGCAUUUGUUAACAUUUUUACCAUAAGGAUCCCUUUCAAGUGUCUCCGCAAAGCCCAACUUCAGCCCAGCGCGGGGCGCAGCGGAUGCACAUACCUUCCUCAAAGUGGAAGCUGGACUUCAGGGGCCGAUCCAAACGGCAGCCUGACCACUCAAGGCAGGACACUGCCCACUCCCCUGCAUCUAUUACCAAUGGAAUUAGAAAGAAGCCAAACUCCAUGCCAUUCCGGGAGGGCCUACCCGAGGCACACCACUCCAGAAAGCAGUAACUUCCCACCCAGUCUUCCCCGCAGCAAAGCCUCACAUCCUGCCCUGUGAGGUUUAUGUAGCUUCCUCUUGCUCUGACAGCCUGUCUAGGUGGGUUCCUACCUCCCUCUCCUCCUGUAAAUGUCACUUCCCCAACCAGGGUCAUUUCAAGGGCGAGAGAGCACAGGGAAUGUGCUAGGAACUAUGAAACGUGGCACACUGAGCAGCUAGUGGGUCACUAUCAUGGGCCAAUCCAAGAAGCCGACGACAGUUUAAUAAGGAAAGACCCAAAGUGUAUC